AUGCCUUCGAUGCACGACGAUCCGCAGGAGCAAGAUGAUAAUAAUAUGCAACACCGAUAUCCGUCGCCCGACGCUGGCCUGUCGGGUCAUCCAUACAAUGAUCCAGUAGUUGAUCAAACCGCGGACAGUAUGGCGUUGGAGCUCCAGCAAGAGUUGCCACAGCAGAAAGAACUGCUCCUGCUGCCUGGCUGGGAAUCUUCACAGCUCUUCACCCUUUCCUUCUCUUGA